GUAAUACAUACGCUUUACCAGUUGUUUUUCCAUACACACAUACAACUUCAGCUAAAAGAGGUUAACAGCACUUUCCUUCUACUGGUCUGCUUUUGUUUAGAAACAACCGGGGUUCAAGCUUUAAGGAGAUAAACGGUUGAAUAUAGCUCGUUUUAGCUAACGCUAGCAUGCUAGCUGUGGGAAGAUGAGAGUGGUGGUGUUUUUGUUACAGCACAGGCUAACGGAGAAAGAGGAGAGACGUGGUUGUGUCAGCACAAAGAAUAUAUUAAAACAUGAUCAACAGCGAGGCUGCAAGAGAAGUUCAGAGCAAAGAGCACAAACACAAAGAGCAGCUGAGAAGAUGUCUGUCCACGGCUUUGUCCACAGACCUGAACAGGUUGCUGCUGGAGGAGCUGGAGGCAGAUGUUUCGCUGUACGCAGGUUCAGGUUCAGUUCGAGCGCACCGAGCCGUGCUGCUGGCCAGAACUCCUCACAUCCUGCAGGGACAGACACACAAAGAUCCCAUCAUCAUCCACCUGCCAGGCUAUGACCUCCCUGCACUAAAAGAUUUCCUAAGGCGAGUGUACACAUCAGAGGAGAGGAUGCGGACAGCUGACAGACACUCAAAUUCACAGACCACCCUGUCAGACCCCACCGCUCCAAACCUCACAGAUCUCCACAGGUUCACUGACUCAGGUGUUGCUGGUUCUGAGACGGCCUCUGGCCUUGGUGCUGAUUUGCUGGAUCUGUACCAAAGAGGAGAACAGUGCGACAUCACCAUCCAAGUGGCAGAGCAGGUCUUCUCCUGCCACAGGGCAAUCCUGUGUGCGCGGUCUCAGUACUUCCGUGCCAUGCUCAGUGGAAGUUGGAUGGAGAGCUCCAGACAGUGCAUCACUCUGCAAGGCUUAGGUCCAGAUGAAAUGGAAACCUUGCUCCAGUUUAUGUACGGAGCCAUCGUGGAUUUGCCCAGCGGAGCCAACGCCAGCCAGGUGGUGUUGGCUGCAGAUAUGUUGGGUUUGGAAGGACUGAAAGAUGUUGUGGAGAUGGUUCUAACACGAGACUAUUGCCGCUUCUUCCCCAAGUCAGCUGAUGGAGUUCAGAGAACAGUUAUUGAAUGCCUGUCGCUCACACACGUCUUAGGCCUCCAGAACCUCCACUCACUGUGUAAAAGGUGGGUUGCAGAGCAUUUCGUGAAAGCCUGGAAUGAGAGAAACUUCUCCCUCCUGUCCCCUGAGCUCCACAGAGCCUGUUUAACUGCUGUGACCAACUCAAUGACUGUGCAGAACGCAGUGAGUGUGCUCUGUGACACCGAGCAGCUGAUCGGCAGCCUCCCAGAAGUCAAGUGGGCCCAGCAGGUGAGGAGCCUGGCCACGGAGCUGCAAGAAGAGAGCCUGCGCCUCAUCGUCCAGCAGCUCCCCAGAGUUCUCCACACCCAGGCCUUCCACAACCUUCGCAGGAGGGAGGAGUUUACUAGAGAGCCAGCGGUGUUGAAGAAGCUGUGCUCUGCCGUCAGCGAGGGGGUGACUGUGGAUAAUUGCUGUGACCUCUUCACAGCCGUCCACUCUCUGUGUGGAGAUGAUUUGGAGGAGGAUUUUCAUCCGGAGCAGCAAAGGCAAGAGCCGUUCAGGCGAGAGGUCCGUACGCUGAGCGGCCGUCUCUGGACCUUCCUGCUUCAGACCUUUUAUGCCGUUCGCCACACGCAGGGAUGGGACGCGCUGCCAUCUGAACACAGAGAGAGGAUACUCGCAGAGGCUAUUGACAAAGGAGACAACCGAAGACUUGGUAAAAAACCCGUAUUCUCUAGCUCACAGUCGAAGGCUGUAAAAUGCCCCACAUCUGCCCCACCUGAGAGUCCUCCUGUGCACAGGAACCACAGGGUGUCUCAGAACAGAAACCCUGCCUCCCACUCCGCUACGUCAGCCAUGAAAUCCGAUGCUCUGGGUCCAGUUAAAGCAGGAGAUGGUCAGGCGACCAAAACAAAGACUGUGAAGAAACUAGGAGACAAGAGCGUGGCGGCGAAAGCAAAGACGGCGUCGGCCGCCACGCCGGUCGUUAAUGGUACGGGAGCGGCCGGGGCGAAACGAGACGUGGGCAGCGCCAAUGGCCCCAGAGGCUCCCACGGAGCCAAAGAGCAGGAGACAAAGCUGAACCCCGGCGCGAGGCCUAAAACCGGUCCCCCGAGCCGGACCUCCAUGAGCCAGGCCGCUGCGAAGAAGCCUCAGAAGAUCUCAGCGGGACAGCCUUACAAGUCCAGCGCCAACCACACUCAGCCCGCCGCUUCAGCCUCAUCAGACAGCAUCUCACCAGAGAACGGAGCCAGCACUCACACUGACACACACUCCCUUCCAGGCACAAAGCCCAAACAGCAGGCCAAGGCAGUGAACAAAUCCACACUGACAAAACCUCCUCCGAAGUCAGAGACACCAAAGACCAGCAGUCCUACCAAUAAGUCAAGUAUGAAAGAUCCUGGUAAAGCCAAAGCUGGUCCUCCAGAGAAGUCUGCUGGAGUGACGAGACCAGACACCAAGGGGAGAGCUACCACAGACCAUCACGUUUCAAAGCUUGGAACACCUGUAAAAAAGCCAGCUUCUCCCAGGAAAGAAGACAAGAAGGAUGUGCCGAAAUCCUCAGGGACAGAUAAAGCUGACGGUGAUGCGUCUAAAAAGAAGACCACAAAGCCCGCCUCAGUAAAUGGAGUCGCAGCUAAAUCAAAACCAGCUAAAGUCUCUUCUGCGCCCUUUAAACAGUCGUCUGCCAUAGCAGCCAAGUCUGGAGCAAAGCCAAAAAGUACUGCUGAAUUAUCUAGUGGGAAAGCAUCACAAAAACCCUCCAAAACCUCUGCCGCUGCUUCAUCCAUGGUGUCAGAAACGAAGAAAUCUGAAAUGGUGAAUGGUGAAAAAGCUGAAUCUAAAACUGAACUGGGUCCGGUUGAAAAGUCUGAUCAAAACGACAAAGUACAACCAACAAUGGAAGAAGAAGAGCAGUCAGAUCCUCCUGAAACGAACCCUCAGCAGAUCCCCCAAAAGACUAAAACAGACUCAGGAAUCAAUGCUGCGCCUCAAGAUGAGGGCGCCGUUGCACCAGCAGCUAACAUCCACCAUGUCACGUUUUCUGAUGAAGACUCUUUCAGGCCGACCAAUGAGAGCAAAGUGAAGUCGUUUCAAAGCGGCGUGAUGAUCGGAGGACAGGUUGUCAAAGUCAGCUCACCAAACUCCCCAAAGGAGCGCCCAGCAGGCACGCCUUGUAGCAUGGGAAGCACCGACACUCCCCUGGAGGACUCCUGGACUGGAGCCAACCACCAGGUCAGCCCCGAAUCUGAGACCGGCAGCACGCACACCACCUCCUCCGACGACAUCAAGCCUCGCUCCGAGGACUACGACGCCGGAGGCUCUCAGGACGAUGACUGCUCCAACGACCGAGGCGUGUCCAAGUGCGGCACCGUGCUCUGCCACGACUUCCUGGGCCGCAGCAGCAGCGACACCAGCACCCCGGAAGAGUUGAAGAUGUAUGAAAGUGGCGCCGGCCUGAGAGUGGAGGUGCGUCUGCGUGGCAGAGAGGUGGAGACCACGAGCGAGGAGGAAGGAGUUAGGCGACGUCCUCCAUCCUGGCUGCAGAGAGACGAGGUUCCGGUGACGGAGGAGGAAACAGAAGCCGAGGUCCCUGCCAAUGUGAAAAGCGUUCCCGACCACCAGCUCUUUUCCUCUGAGGAGGAAGAAGAUGACGAUGAGGAAGAAGAGACGGAAGACGAGAGGUCGGAAGUUGAAGUGGUUCCAGGCGACGCUUCGCUGCAGCCGACCGAGCCGUCGCCGCACUUUCAGGGGAUCAUCAAUCUAGCAUUCGAUGACGACGGCGCCGACCAGGAGAACGAUCGGCCCGACUACCAGUCUUCUAACUUCCGUCGCUCCGUGCUGCUCUCGGUCGACGAGUGCGAGGAGCUGGCCUCGGAAGAAGGCGGCGCCCAAACCCCACCUCAACAGCAAGAUGACGCUGCGACUCCCUGCGAUGUUUUCGAGUGCGACUCCACCACGCCUCAGUUCAGCUCCGGGGACAAACAGAACUACGCGCCUCAAAGCACUACAGAUCCACCGUACGGUGUGCCGAAGGAGAAGGAACUGGAAGGAAAGUCUGUGUUCCUCACAGAGAUCCACCAUCCAGCGCAGGAGACUAAUCACAUCCAGGCGGAUGAAGCCCAGCCCCCGUGCCCUGCUCUGGACUCUGACACCAGAGACCUGCCUACCCAGGAGCGCCCUUGCCACCUGGAUCUGAGGCAUGCUGAACAGUACAACGGAGGGAUGAACAAAUAUCUGACCAAUCCCUCAGAAAACAAGAAAGCUGAUUUGCACCUAGACCUAAAUGAGCCUCAGCUGACAAGAGGCUCCUCUGUACACGCUACACAAUCUCCAGCAGGGGACAAUGGUUGUGACACAACGGAUCAAACCUGCAAACACGAGCGCCGACCGUCCAAAGUCCUGUCUCCCAUUUACGAGAUGGACGUCGGAGACGCGUUCGAGCGCGGCUCGGGCAAGGACAGGAAGGUCGAGCAGCGGGCGGAUGAAGAGAAACAAAACGAGGAGCGGGACAAGAGCAGCGAGUUUGCCGAGCGGGACUGGAGCCUGCUGCGGCAGCUCCUCUCGGACCACGAGUCCAACCUGGGCGUCAUAAACCCCGUGCCCGAGGAACUCAACCUGGCCCAGUACCUCAUCAAGCAGACCCUGUCUUUGUCUCGUGACUGCCUGGACUCUCAAGCCUUUCUGUCUCCUGAGAGAGAGACGUUCAAACGAUGGGCUGAGCUCAUCUCACCCAUGGAAGACUCCUCUACCAGCAUCACAGUAACGAGCUUUUCUCCAGAAGAUGCUGCGUCUCCUCAGGGAGAGUGGACCAUCGUGGAGCUGGAAACACAUCACUGACUCAGAGGAGGGCCUGUCGGACAGUCCAUGCCUUCUGUUUGAGCUUGUGUUGUUACAUGACUGUAUCUUAAUUUAUUUCAUUGGUAAUCUCUUUGUGUCUGUUUGGAAGGCAUAGUUUGCCUGGACCGUGCAGAGUUCUGGACGUUUCUUUAUGUUCGAUCACACCUUCAGUACACAGUUAACUCAAACGGGCCAUUAUUCAUGCAGAUGGUUUUUCUCUGUUCAAAACAAGGCUGUUUACUGAAGUUUCCUCAAGAAAAAUACAAUAAAGUUUUGUGUUUCUGAUGUG